AUGGCCCUACGAAAUUAUCUUUAUGCCAAACAUGACGCCAAUCUCGACAUAAGCAACAGAAUCAACAAAGUAUCGGGCCCACUGCAACCUGCCACAUACCAAAUGCCAUCAUCGUCAUCAUCGACUACAUCCUCGUCUUCAGCAGCACCCACAGCAGCGGCAAGGCGUACAAUUCCAAGAUCAACCAUCCAUAAUCGACUUCAUGCACAAGACCGUGUGUUUGGUUCGCAACAAGUUAAUCAAGUGACUCGAGAUUUGGAUGACUUCCAUCUAGAAGGGAAAGAAUGCACCAAACUGUGCGAUUCGUGUAAAUGUGAGAAAGAGAAAAGCAGAGGUAAUGAGGCUACAAAUGGAACUGUCAGUCAUGUUGGUGGUGGCGGCGGUGGUGGUGUUGAACCAAGUUUGAAAGUUGAAGUAGCUGAUACUGAGAUUGACUUUACUAAUGUUAUGUGA